AUGGGGCGUUUGUGCCAAUGGGCCUUCGACAUUGAAUAUUAUACAGAAGAAGAACAAAACGUGGUUGUAUGCGAAAAUAUGCCGAGUACAAGUAAGAAUACACCCGAUGAAUUGAAAGAUUAUGAACCUCCAGAAAAAAUUUCUACGCAUAAAGUAGUGCCAUACGAUACAAAAUUAAAGGUCGUACUGACAGCACAAGAACAUCCACAGUGGUCUUUCAAAACAUUAAAGCAUCAUUUUAGAAAAUAUUUAAACCAUCCUUCUGAUGUUACGAAAUAUAAAAAAGCUGUUUUGUCAGGCGGUACUUUUAGAGACAAAUUAAAUACAAUAAAAACUAAUGUGUACGAUCGCUUCACAGAAGCAAGAAAUAAGAAUCAAUUAGUUACGCGACGUUUGCUUCAACAGUGGUAUAAGACCAAAGGAAACUAUGUUCAAGGUGCCUAA